AUGUCUCCGCCGUCAGAAGAUCAAUACGACGUCUACCCAGUUCAUUUGGGGGAUGCUGCUUCGAUGAACGAAAAGUUUGUCUCUUGGCUUUUCAGAUUCAAUGAUGUUUUGGACGUGGACAAACUUCAUGUCGCGCUUGCGCAGCUGCUUGAGCAUGGUGAUUGGCGUAAGCUUGGCGGGCGCCUUCAAAGAACCCCUGAUGGAAAUUUGGAGUUGCGCGUUCGUCGACGCUUUACUGACGAUCAACCAGCCGUGGCUUUCACCAAGCAAGACUUGUCGACUAUGAGCAUAAGCGAGCACGAUCUUGCCAAGCACUUACCCAAGCCUUGCGAUUUGCCCUACUCUCAGUCUAUUGCUGGGAACAUGGACUUUCGGAGUUUUGCCGUACCGAAUGACUUUCCGUCUAGCAUGAAACAGUUUGUGGUGAUGCAGGCGCCGCAGAUUGCAUUGCUUACAACCUCGUUUAAAGAUGCAACUCUGGUUUCCGUCGUUUGGCCGCAUACACUGUUUGAUGGCGUUGGAUUGACUCAUUUAUUACAUGGCUGGUCAUUAACGCUAGCCGGUAGAGAUGAAGAUAUACCCCCCGUCCUAGGAGCUAAAAAAGACGUCCUUGACGCACUUGACACCGACACGCAGCCCGCGGAAGUGGCUUUUGCCGGCCCCAAACUUGUGAAGGGCUUGGAUCUGUUUCUUUUUAUCGUCUUAUUUCUAUGGCGCAGGCUAUUCUAUACACCCCGAGAUACUCGAACAAUUUUCCUGCCGCGGGCAGCAGUGGAUCAAAUCAGCCUCGAGGCAAAGAAGCAUUCAGGUGAUGCCUUCAUCACCGAAGGCGACGCCAUUUCAGCCUGGGUUGUCAAGUCAAUCACCUCUGCGGAGCCUAAGCCGCAUCCAGUCACCGUAAUGCACCUGGUGAACGGGCGAGGAAGAUUGAAGUGUCUUGCCAGCAGCGGGGGUGUAUACCUUCAGAAUAUUGUCAGCACAGCAUUCUGCCAUUUGAGCUCAAAAGUCUCGGGCGCAUCUGUCGGAGAGAUUGCUGCGGAAAGCAGGCGUCAAAUCACAAAGCAGUCGUCGGAGGAGCAAAUGACUCUACUUUUGAGACGCGUGAGGGAGAGUUUACGGAAUAAGAAGCGUGCAAAGCUUGAGUUCCUGGAGACGCCGCACUCGCGCGUCAUCUUUACAAACAACUUGACCAAAGCAUCGUAUGUGCAGACGGCAGACUUUAGCCCAGCAGUGAUCCGUCGCGGCCAGGAUGACGAAUCGAGACGAAAUCCUAAAGGCACAAUGGUCAACUAUCUGCACCUCGUGGUCAAGGGCCAUAUUACGGCGACGGACAACUUUUACGUCAUUGGCAAAGAUCAUGGCGAUAAUUACUGGCUCAUGGCAACUGUUUCCGACAAGGCCUGGGUAAAGGUCGAUGAGUCGCUAGCACGGCUACGGACGGAUGAAUAA